CCCACAGACCAUCACCUAACUUCCGGUCCCUCUCUCCCGCUCCCAUUCCCCGCUGUCUUCCAGCCGGUUCGGAUCUCUCUUCCCGUCGCUGGUUUUGGGUCUGACUGAGCCGGGUCUCCGUGUCCCCCUCCCCGGGAGUUUAUCUGGAUUCCUCCUUCUCGGCGGGAAGCGUCUGGACUUUGGUCUGACAUCGGGCGGCAAGGAGCAUGGAAAGGCGCGUGCACGCGCUCGCGCUGCUGGCGGCUCUCCUGUGUGUCGGUCAAAGUGAGGCCCGGAUCGUCAAAGUGCCUCCUGGUCCGUUGGUCAGAGUGGAAGGUCAGCCAGUCUCCAUCAAAUGUGAUGUGACACAAUACGAUGGACCUCGUGAGCAGGAGUUUGAUUGGAUCAUGUUAAAAGAGAACAAGCGACAGGUCAACAUCAUCUCCACCUUUGAAACAGACUUCACGGAAAGCUCGCUGAGGAGCCGCGUGGCGUCCGGCGACAUCGCGUUACAGCGGCUGCAGGAUAACGCCGUGGAGCUGAGGAUUAAAGCGGUGAAGCCGCAGGACUCGGGCACCUACCAGUGCAGGACGCCGAGCACAGACAUGGUAGCUACCGGGAACUACGAGGCUCAGGUGAAGCUGACAGUCAUCCCCAACACCCUGAAGGUCUCUCCUCAAGCCCCGCCUCAAGUCCUUCCAGAGGGGAGUGACCUAGUCCUCAGCUGCAACGUGACUCGGGACCUGACCCACUCCACCUACCUGUCGGUCAGCUGGUCUGUGAAGAAGGCUGCAUCCUCUGAGGAGCUCCUCACCUUUGGUCCUGGGGAGGGAGUGACCACCGGAGCGGACCUGGCUCAGAGAUUCGCAGACGGGGGCGUCCGCUUUGUUCCAGGCGGGAACGGAGUCUUUGAACUGGUCAUUUCCAGGCUGGUGGCGUCCGAUAGCGGCGUUUAUAGCUGCACCGGCACCGAGUGGACCAGCGAGAGCAGGAAGUGGGUCAGGAUUGUGCAGAGCGUGGUGGAGAUGGGACGGGUCACCGUCACACCUACAGACCAGUCACUCACUGUGAAGACCUCCUCCCCCUCCUCCUCCCCCCUGCUCCUCUACCCCGGCAACACCCUGACCCUGCUGUGCUCGGUUGCCGGGGACAACCUGGACGCGUUGGCCCUGGAGGUGGGCUGGCUGGCAGACGGCAGAGAGCUGAUCCGGAUGGACCGCAGCGGCUUGGUGAUCUCCAACUCCUCCAGGGGGGCGGGACCCAGCCUGGAGAGGACAGGGGCGGGCGAGUACCGACUGAGGCUGAGGGAGGUGAGCGGCGUGGACGGAGGGGUAUACACCUGCAAGACCCGAGCCUUUGUAAAGCAGGGAGGGGCGUGGCUCCAGACGGCAGAGAAGACCUCCGACGCCGUGACUGUGAAGGUCUUGGAGAUCAAGCCAAAUUUCAAUCUGACCCUGAAAGCUGCUCUGGCCCCCAACACGACGGGCGACCCAGCAGAGCUGGUCUGCCAUGUGAGCGCCAUCACCCACCUGCCAGGGCAGAGCCGACUGGCCGUGAAAUGGGAGCAUGCCGCUCGUCCAGGAGACACCAGCAAUCCUACAGUCGUGGCGUCCCUGGAUGCUCAUGGAAACCUGCUUCCCGGAGCAGCAUACGCCGAGCGUCUGAAGAGUGGGCUCGUGGUGCUGAGCAGAGUCCAGUCCAACACCUUCAAGCUGCGCUUUCUGCAGAUGCAGGACGUGGACAGCGGCGAGUACGUCUGCACCGUCACCUCAUGGAGCGUCAGCAGCCAGGGGGACGUCACCAAGACCUCAGAGUACAAAAGCUCCCCCCUGCCUGUCCAAUGGGUUCGCAAAGAUCCAGUCAUAGAUGUUGCUGCAAAAACAGAUCGUAAAGCAUCAGUGGGCGGGGCCACGUUUAAAAUGAGCUGUGAAGUCUUCACCAAGAACCUGGAUGAACCAGGAUACUCGGUGGAAAUCCAGUGGCAGGACGACCCUGAAGGGGACACCAAAACCAUCAUGACCCUGAACCCGGACAACGUGAUGCAGCACGGGCCAGGAACAGAACCCAGCAGGAGAGAUGCUCUGGUUCUGACCAAGUCUGCAGCAACAGAGUUCCAGUUCCGCCUGGAGAGCGUGCAACUCUCUGACAAAGGUUACUAUUGGUGCAAAGUCACAGCCUUUAAAAAGCAGAAGCCAGGACAGACCUGGACCAAAGUCAAAAGCUCAGAGUCCAACAAAAUCAAGCUAGAUUUUCAGGAAAAUGGUCUGUCCUUCUCCAUCAAGCUCCAGUCUGACUCCAGCAGCAUUUUCCCGAUGGAGACGUCCACGAUGAAGUGUUCGCUGACGCUGUUGGGAUCCACCUCGCAGGGCGGUGACGUGGCGUACGAAGUCAGGUGGUACUUCAGCCGCUUGCGAGGGGGCGGAGCAUCCAUCCUGCUGGCCUCCAUUAACCGCUUUGGCGUGGUCAGUAAGGCGAACCGGAACUCCUCCAGCGACAUUUCGGUGGAGCGCAACGACACCGGUGACUUCCUGCUGAGCAUCCAUGGCACUCAGUCCAGCGACAGCGGCGAGUACCAGUGCUUUGUCACGCCGUGGUACAUUUCGGCCUCCACGGGAGACUGGACUGAAUCUGGAGAGCUGACCUCCAGCAGAGUCUUCCUCACGGUCAAGUUUGCAGUGUGGGACUCCCUGAAGCUCCCGCUCCUGUAUGGUGGCGCCGCCUCUCUGGGGGUGGGCCUCCUCUCUCUGCUCCUCGGCCUCCUCUUCGCUCGCUGCUGUGGCAGGAAAAAUGGGCUCCCAAUUUCUCGCGGCCAGAUUCCACUCAUAAAGGGGGGUCUUGACUGACAUACACCCCCCCAACCACCGUCCCACGGCGGCACCAGGAAGAAGCUCCACCCACUCCACAGACACACGCCCACCCGCGACUUCUGGGACACCCAGUUUGCGGGAAACGAGCGGUGGGAGUGAGACGGGGCUUUGAGGGGUGCUCUGGACUCUGCAGUGGGG